CCUACUGAACAUCCAAACGAGUGGCUAAAGGCACCGGGCUACUUCUCUGUCGUGGGCCAAUGAAGUGCAGUGUGGAGGAGAAAGAGCAACAAAUCUCCAGGACCCGAUUGCCCGCCCAACUUUUUGCCUCAGCCUGACGGCCAGGGACCAUGCUGACCAUCCUCGCUGCUGGCUCUGUGUUCUUUCCGGGCCUCUUCCUUCUAUCCAAGCAGUGCCUCAAGUCCAUCCCGGCGCUGCGAUGGAGCGAAGGAGACGCCGUCAUCGUGUCGGCCAGGUUGGUGUCGUCGGUUCAGGCGGUCAUGGCUUCCUCAGCUGGCUACAUUAUCGCUUCUUCCUGUGAUGACAUCAUCGAGGACCAGCACUGGCUGACCAGCACAUACAUCAUGUUUGCCGUCCCCUACUUCGUGUAUGAUAUCUACGCCAUGUUCAUGUGCUACUGGUACAAGCUGAGGGUCAAGGGGCACGAGGAGGCCUCGGCCGCCCCCCAGCACAUGGCCUCCGCGCUGACCAGCUACCUGCGCCGCGAGUUCCUCAUGGUGCUGCACCACGUCGUCAUGGUUACCGUCUGCUUCCCCGUUUCUGUGUUUGUGCGUCAAGGAAAGGGAGACUACUUCCAGGGCAUCAUGUUCAUGGCCGAGCUCAGCACUCCGUCAGUCUGCUUAGGAAAAAUUCUCAUUCAGUACAAACAGCAACACACACUCCUGCACAAAGUGAACGGGGCUCUUAUGCUGAUCACUUUUUUCAUCUGUCGGGUCCUCCUCUUCCCUUACCUCUACUACGUCUAUGGAAGGUACGCGUCCAUUCCGUUCCACUUGGUCCCCCUGUCGGUGCCGUGGCAUUGUAAUCUUGGGGCCGCCCUGCUCAUGGCCCCGCAGCUCUAUUGGUUCUCGCUCAUUUGUCGAGGCGCCCUACGACUCUUCACGGGCUCCUCACGCUCCCAGAGACGGCGCUCUACCGGCGCGGCGGCGCCCCAGCCGGCCAACGGCUACCGAGCACCCUCCACGGAGCCUGACUUGGCCACCCACUGAGAGGAGUCGGGAGGGGUGGUGGGUGGGGGGGGAGCGAAUGUACCAAUUUCAAGGGAUGGGGAAAUAAGUAGCAACACGGCGAAAGGGUAAAAAGCUCCAGACGAUGUCCUCAAGUAGCACUGGAGUCUUUGCAGGCAGCACGCAACGACCGCUUCCGUGCCAGGGGUUUUGCUUGGCGGGCCUUCAAGCACUUCAGCUUCUCACUUUGUAGGAAUAACAAAAGAGCGCCGACGCACUCUGACGAUGUCAUCGGGCACCGUGAUGGGAAGGAGCACGCGCUGACACGGGAGGAUUUGCCUCGAUGUCGGGCAAGCAUAGGCGACCAUUUCCUUCAUUGUAGAUCACACCGUGACUCUCGGGAAGAGCGGGUCCGUAGGAAUGUAUUAUAUUGUAUGUUACAACAUUUGCUGUAGACGGACGGCCGAAUUCAAUUAUAGCAACCAAGAAGACAAAAAAAAAAAAUAUCCUGACUUAAGGAAAUUUCGGCUCGUUAGUGUUUCUCUGUACUCCUCUAUGUAGUCACUGUCACUCUAACAUGUAAGAAGCAACCCGCAAACCGGAAGACAAUUUCAUAAGACUGUAUUCUGCUGCCUUAUUCCCUUUUUCCACAACGGAUUUGCUUUUGACUUGAUUUCCAUCCUCAGAGGAGAAAAAUGUGACAGGUGUACAUAGCGCCCGUUUCCAUGUCAGUAUUAGGGCGGUGUUGCGUUUCUGUUUGUUUGUUUUUUUUAACGUGUCAAAUUUUUCAUUCAGUGUUUAUCGCUGUCACCUCUCCUCAGUUGGUUUUCAUGAUGGGAACCCCCCCCCCCGAUGCGCAGCUAAGUGUAGAUACGACUUCAUUCCAUGUCCCGCUAAUGCAAUGUUAGGGAGGCUCAUGCACACUUUGAAAGGAUGGAUGUUUUUGUUGGGUCACGAAAAACUAAUUAUGUUGGACUUUAUUAUUAUUAUUUUUUUUUUUGGUAGUGUUGUUAAGGGCAUUAUAAAGGGAAUUACAGUGUUGCAGUUUGAAGGGAAAACAGUAUUGUGGGAAUUCCCCUUGGAAUUUACCUGCAGACUAUGAGCCAAAAGCAAAGAAAGCCCGGUGUUAAACAGAAAAAAAAAACAUUUCUUGCGGUCAGUAUUUUAUUUAUAAUUUUUUUUUAGACCUUUCACAUUGUGCAAAUUGCGCCACAGGUUCUGUGAACCUUUGUUAAACAGACCGCCUUGCUUCCCCCCGCCCCGCAUAAUACGUUUGUUUUCAAGCUGCAGCUGCACUCUUCUGGAAGUGGGUCAAAAAAUAUCCAAAUAUAUAUUAAAAAAAAAAAAAAAAUUUUGAAGACAGAAGCGUGUGCCAAAACAUCUGGACUACUUACCAGGCAUGUCCUACUCAGAGCAACCAUCGACCCCGCCGCCAGCCCGCCCGACCCGAACGUACUGUAUAUUCCACCAAAUGCUUGUUAUUUAUUUGUAUCUAUCUAUUUAUUUAUUUAUUUAUUGGGUUUGUGGUUCUGAAUGCAUAUUUAUGCAUCCAUAUUAUACUCGAUGCUUCUGAGCCUUAUGUGAAGGCUGUAAUGUUACUCCAACUUAUCUGAAAUAUACUUCUCUGUCCUGA